UCCGGAAAUCUAAUAAUCAGUCAGAUGUCGAUGCUAUGAUACAUAAAAUUGUACCGAAAAAUACUGAAGAUAUCAGCGCUCGAAAACAUUCCAAUGACAGGAAGAAUACAGAUAAAAAAUAUAAUACCAGAGACAAUUUCGUAGUGGCGGUAAAAACAGAUCAGAGACAAUCGAAUGAAGACGGCGGGCAGUUGGAAAAUAGCAUUGUGGAUUUUUUCAAAACAUUGUUGGAUAAUUCACCCAAUUAUAGAUCGAAAACCGGUUUAAAGCCAGAAACAGUACAAUUUCGUAGCGGAAAAUCAUCAACAAUGUACGAAAUAAACACGGACACAAUUUUGUCGUCUCUACAAGAAUUGCUAGCUUCAAAAAAGUUUCGUAAAUAUGCUGACACACUUGCGAAUAAAGCGGCGAUUAUUUACCGCGCUAUUAGAGAAGAAAUGCGCAAGGAAUCACAGAGCAAGUAAUAUAGGACAAGGAAUAAGCAA